AUGUACCGAGACUUGCUGGUGUUGUUGGUGGAGAACAUCUCUGGCCUAGAGGAAGACAACUUCUCUCUGGAGAUCAUCAGAGAGACAAACAUAGCAGUUGUGACCUUCAACAAACCCAAUGGUAGGUCACAGCUCCAAUUGGGUUAAUAGUUUCCUUAUGUAAUAGACACAAUUUCGAGUUUGAGGAACAAAUAAUACCCCAAAUGACAUAUCGCAGAUGAAGGCAACUAUGAUAGGUUCUCUAUGAUAAUGAGGAUAUGAAUGGUGUAUCUUCAGAUGCAGAACAGUUCCUCACCAACAGCAAGAGCAACAAACACUUCAUGAAGCAUGGUUUGAUUGGCCGGGAGCUGGAACGGUGUAAGAGUGGAGAAGCUUUCCCCUGCCAUCAUUGAAGACAUCUUGGAGCUCUACUUCGAAAGGUGGAACCGCCUCCGAGGAGGAAUGCCCACCCAGCCCUCCCCUGGUUUGUCUAUGUUGAGGCGCGGUCGCAGUCCGCGCCUUUGGGGGGGGGGGGUACUGUCACACCCUGGCUCUGGGGACUCUAUAUGUUGAGCCAGGGUGUGUAGAUUCUAUGUGUUGUUGUUCUAUGUCGGGUAUCUAGUUCUUGUAUUUCUAUGUUGGCCUGAGUGGUUCCCAAUCAGAGGCAACGAGUGUCAGCUGUUGCUGGUUGUCUCUGAUUGGGAACCAUAUUUAAACAGUCUGUUUUUCCCUUAGUGUUUGUGGGAUCUUGUUUCCGUUUGGUUUGUUCCGCGUUGGUUGUGUUAACCGUAGGACUGCACGUAUCGUUUGUUGUUUUGUUGUUCGUAUUAUCACCAAAGAUAAUAAAGAUUAAGUAUGUUUGCAAAUAACGCUGCGCCUUGGUCUACUCCGUCUAACGAUCGUGACAGAAGAUCCCACCACUCCAGGACCAAGCAGCGUGUCCAGGAGCAGGCAGCCUGGACAUGGGAGGAAGUGCUGGGAAAGGAGCUGGAGAGGUUGGCGAUGGCCCAGGUGGGCAAAGGGUGGUCCUGGGAGGACAUGCUUGGGGGAAGAGGGCCAUGGGCUAAAAUUAAGGCCCUGGCGAGAGAGGAGCAGCGGCGUCAACAGUGUCGUCGUCGGACGGACGAGAGGCAACCCCAAAAAAUUUUUAGGGGGGGGGGGGCACACGGCAUGGGCGACUGGGCAGCAGGAGGCCGCCAGGUUACGGGGGCCACUGGUCAAAGAAGGGAAGGAAGGUGUAGAGGCACGGCGAGAGGUACUGGGGUGUGUUACCAGUCCGGUCCGGCCCGUUCCAGAUCCCGGCGUAGGGCCAGUGGUGUGUGUCCCCAGUACGGUCCGGUCUGUUCCUGCUCCCCACACCAAGGUAAUGGUGCGCGUCGCCAGCCCGGCCCGACCUGUUCCUGCUCCUCGCACCAAGCCUACGGUGUGCGUCGCCAGCCCGGCCCGGCCUGUUCCUGCCCCUCGCGCCAAGCCUACGGUGCGCGUCGCCAGCCCGGCCCGGCCUGUUUCCUGCCACUCGCACCAAAGCUACGGUGCGCGUCGCCAGCCCGGCCCGGCCUGUUCCUGCCACUCGCACCAAGCUACGGUGCGCGUCGCCAGCCCGGCCCGGCCUGUUCCUGCCCUCGCACCAAGCCUACGGUGCGCGUCGCCAGCCCGGCCCGGCCUGUUCCUGCCACUCGCACCAAGCCUACGGUGCGCGUCGCCAGCCCCGGUUCCCGGCCUGUUUCCUGCCACAUCGCACCAGCCUACGGUGCGCGUCGCCAGCCCGGCCCGGCCUACCUGUUUCCUGCCCCUCCACCAAAGCCUACGGUGGCGCGUCGCCAGCCGGCCCUGGCCUGUUCCUGCCCCUCGCACCAAAGCCUACGGUGCGCGUCGCCAGCCCGGCCCGGCCUGGUUACCUGACACCUCGCACCAAGUCUACGGUCCGGUCGCCAGCCCGGCCCGGCCAGUUCCUGCCCCUCGCACCAAGCACGGUGCGCGUUCGCCAAGCCCGGGCCCGGCCCAUGUAUCCUGCCCCUCGCACCAACCUACGGUGCGCAGUCGCCAGGCCACUGGCCCGGCCUGUUCCUGCCACUCCGCACCAAGCCUACUUCAGGCGGUCGGCCAGCCCGGGCCCCCCCCCCCUGUCCUGCCCCUCCCCCAACCCGUGCCUCGCCCGCCCGCCGGCCUGUUCCGCCCCCCACCCAAACCUACGGGGCGGCGCGCCCCCCCCGCCUUCCUGCCCCCCCCCACCACUAAAGUUUCGCGUCCCCCAGCCCCCCGGGCCCGUUCCUUCCACUCCACCAAUCUACGGUGCGCGUCGCCACCCGGGCCCGGGCCCGUUCCUCCAUCGCAAACCCAAACCCCGGUGCGCAUCGCCGCCCCCCGCCCGUUCCUCUCCCCACCAAGCCAGGGGGGCGCCUCAGCCCGGGACGGCCCUUUUCCCCCACGCACCAAACCAGGGGUCGCAUCGUCACCCGGGCCCCGGCCCUUCCUGCUCCCCGCACCAAGCCGGGUGCCUCGUCCCCCCUCCGGGCCCUUGCUGGCCCCCCCCGCCCCGGGGGCGCAUCGUCCCCCGUCCGGCCCUUUCCCCUCCCCACCACCCCGCCAGGGUGUGACUCACCCCGUCCCGCGUCAGUCCGGCAAACCCGUGCCUGGGUCACCGGUGCCUGGUCAGGUACCGGUCAGCUGCUCCACACCGGAGCUGAAGCAAUCCGCUCCUACGAUGUCCAGUCCAGCUCCAGCCAGCGGGGCCAGACCGGACCAGUGGCGCUACGGGGGAAUUAUUGGAGGGUGGUGGUCAAGCCCGGAGCCGGAACCGCCUCCGAGGAGGAAUGCCCACCCAGCCCUCCCCUGGUUUGUCUAUGUUGAGGCGCGGUCGCAGUCCGCGCCUUUGGGGGGGGGGGUACUGUGACACCCUGGCUCUGGGGACUCUAUAUGUUGAGCCAGGGUGUGUAGAUUCUAUGUGUUGUUGUUCUAUGUUGGGUAUCUAGUUCUUGUAUUUCUAUGUUGGCCUGAGUGGUUCCCAAUCAGAGGCAACGAGUGUCAGCUGUUGCUGGUUGUCUCUGAUUGGGAACCAUAUUUAAACAGUCUGUUUUUCCCUUAGUGUUUGUGGGAUCUUGUUUCCGUUUGGUUUGUUCCGCGUUGGUUGUGUUAACCGUAGGACUGCACGUAUCGUUUGUUGUUUUGUUGUUCGUAUUAUCACCAAAGAUAACAAAGAUUAAGUAUGUUUGCAAAUAACGCUGCGCCUUGGUCUACUCCGUCUAACGAUCGUGACAGGGGUUCCCAGUGAAUAAAGUCAAUAAUGAUCCCUGAGGAGCAGGCAGCCAUUGUCAUCUUCCAGGAGCCAAAAGGUAAAAACCUGCUGAGUGAAUCAACUAUUUCGCUUGGGAGAUUGACUUAAUAAUAAUAAUAAUAAUAAUAAUCAUAAAUAAUAAUCAAAUAUAAACGUGUUCAUUUGUUCAUCUUUUUAUUUGUAUUUUGGGUACUAUUUAAUUAACAUACCUUUUGUGGUUGUUUUUUGCACAGCCUUUUAUAUUGCUUAUCUGUUUUCUAUAUCAUUUCAGCUGGGGAGACAAUAAAAGAUAAAAACCAAGUCAUUUGCAAAGUCCAAGUCAACGUAUAUCUGUACUACGAGUCCUUGGGUACUGUCUUGUAUGGCAAGGACAAUGUGGAAGCUUGCUGAACCCCUUCACAGAGAGUUUGCAUCCUGCUUUGUGGUCAUUCCUCUCCACAAAGAGACAGUCGUCCCCCAUCAACGACCAGCUGAAGGUCUACUUCUGUCAGGUGGACGUGGACAGUGCCUCUACCUACCCUGCUGAAGCAGAGAGGACUAAACAAACUAACACAUAG